GCGGCGGCGGCGGCGGCGGCGGCGGCGGCCGCGCCAGUCUGUUCGCCGGCGGGUCAGAGGCUCAGCCAGCCCGCCAUGGAACAGCCCAGGAAGGCAGUGGUGGUGACCGGUUUUGGGCCUUUUGGGGAGCACACUGUGAAUGCCAGCUGGAUUGCUGUCCAGGAGCUGGAAAAACUGGGCCUCGGUGACCAUGUGGACCUACAUGUGUAUGAGAUCCCCGUGGAGUACAAGACUGUGCAGCAGCUCAUCCCUGCCCUGUGGGAGAAGCACAGCCCCCAGUUGGUGGUGCACGUGGGGGUGUCGGGCAUGGCCACCGCCAUCACGCUGGAGAAAUGUGGGCACAACAAAGGCUACAAGGGCCUCGACAACUGCCGCUUCUGUCCCGGCUCCCAGUGCUGUGUGGAGGAUGGGCCUGAAAGCAUCGACUCCAUCAUCGACAUGGAUGUGGUGUGCCAGCGUGUCACCAUGCUGGGGCUGGAUGUGUCUGUGACCAUCUCGAGGGACGCGGGCAGGUACCUAUGCGACUUCACCUACUACACCUCCCUGUACCAGAGCCACGGGCGCUCUGCCUUUGUCCACGUGCCGCCCCUGGGCAAGCCCUACAAUGCGGGCCAGCUGGGCCGGGCCCUGCAGGCCAUCAUCGAGGAGAUGCUCGACGUGCUGGAACAGGCGGAGGGCAAGAUCAACUGCUGCCACCAGCACUAAGGGCCAGCUACCUCCCACGCCUUGUCCACUGGAACCCCACGCUGGAGCUGGCCACUGGGCAUCUCGUCUUGUGGAGAGGCCACUACAGGGAACCAGGGUGGCCGGUCUGUACUGUGCCAUCCACGCUGUGGCCACCCACCCUCAGCCUUGCCAGUCUGUGGGCAAAAGACAUCCAGAGCUCACCCUACCUGCAGCUGUACUUGAACUCACCGUGACACAGAGCCAUGACCCCAGGGCCAGACACAGCCACCCCUUCUCCUCCCCAACCCUCUCCUGCCCUUUCCCUCCCUCCCUUCCUCCCUCCCUCCUCCAUUCUUCUCUCUCUCUCUCUCUCUCUCUCUUCCUCUCUCUUCCUCUCUCUCUCUCUCUCUCUCUCUUUUCUCUCGGAGACAGGAUCUUGCUAUGUAGCCCAGUCGGGCCUGUAACUCACAAUCCUCCUGCCUCCACCUCCCGGAGGCCACUGUGCUGGUUUCUGUUUGCAAACAACAGCACUAUUCUGGGGUAAUUUAUAAUUUAUGCCUCCUUUAUACUUCCUUGGGUAAACCACUGGCUAAAGCCAGCACCAAGCAUCUCUUUUUUUUUUGGGGGGGGGGGGUUGGUCAUGGGGCUAGAACUUGAGGCUUGGGUGCUUUCCCUGAGCUUUUUUGCUCAAAACUAGUGCUCUCCUAACAUGAGCCACAGCUCCACUUCUGGUUUU